AAAAAGACCAAAAUAAAUUGAAAGUACCUCAGUUCAGUUCAGAAAUUAAUUUGUAGAAAGAACAUGGAUUAUGCUCCAACUUCAGGUGUAAACAACAUGACCAACGUCAACACAGGGGUGGAUCAGCUAGCUCAACGUCUGUUGGAAGUGCAACUCCCGAUGGCUAACAUGACGAGAAUCAUGCGCGGUAUCCUUCCAACGAACGCGAAAAUCAAAGAUGGAUCGAAAGAGUCUGUGCAAAAAUUAGGGAGCUACUAUAUCAAUCGUAUCACAAAAAAAGCUAAGGAACGUUGCAAUAUGGAGCGACGAAAGACUGUGACAGCUGAGGAUAUUCUUUGGGCCAUGAUCAAUAUGGGCCUGACUAUCCAUGCUAGGCUUUUAGCCCAAUACCUCAACAGGUAUCGUGAAUAUAAUCCACCGAGUUACUACAACGUGCGAGAAUUGAAUGUCACUCCACUCGCUGCAUCCCAUCCUAAUGAACCCAUCCCGGGUUAUCCAUACCCGCAUUUCCCACCAAAUGUGCUGUUUUAUGAUCCUGUUACUGCUUCCUUGGUAACUUCCAGGGACUUUGAGAUGGCCGCGGGGAAUGAUGGUAGUCCUUCUGAGGCUUCUACUUCAACUGUUAUGCCUGCUUAUCCAUUUUGACAGUUGGGAUAGUAGACUGAUGAUGUGAACAAGCAGGUGGCGUUGUGUUGUGGUAUAUUCCAGAAUGGAAUAAUAAUGUUUUUAUGUAUGUUUAUCGUUUGAACUCUAUCUGGAGUAACAGUAUGUUUGUGUUUUCAAGUUUGUGUGUGUGUGUUUUUUAAGUUUCCUUGUUAAGAACUCUAUGUUUAUGUACUAAUAAGCCACCUGUGUUAAGAACUUUAUGUUAUGUACUAGUAAGCUACCUGUGUUUUGUAUAAUAAAUAAAUGUGUGUGUUUAUAAU